GGUGUGGAAAAUCCCAGUACAAACAUACUUCCUGACUUCACUACUGGUGCUGCUCACCGUUAACUUCUUUAAUGUAAAAUCUGACACAACUGCCUCGGGACCUGAGGACAAGAGAAAGGGCGUGAGAUACAGCACCCACAAUGGCUGAGACUUGUGUGAAAGACUUUAUUGAACACUGCAUGACUCUUAAAUGCUAAAAGCAGAAGGCACUAGCUGGUAGCUCAGUGUGGAGCAAAAAAUUUAUUUGAAACUUCAAAAAUAAUUAUGUCAAAGAAAAGUCGUUCCAAGGGAGAGAAGUCCGACAUGGAUACUGAAGCACUGCAAGCUGCUAAUGAGGAGCUACGAACUAAACUAACCAACAUCCAGAUAGAAUUUCAGCAAGAAAAAAGCAAGGUGGGUAAACUGAGAGAGAAAAUCCAAGAGGUUAAGCAAGAAAGGGAGCAGGAGCAGCACAAACACACUGCCUAUGUUUCUGAACUGAAAGCUAAGCUCCAUGAGGAGAAAAUGAAGGAGCUUCAGAGCGUCAGAGAGCUACUGAUCCGGCAGCAUGAGCAGGAAGUAGCGAGAAUGGUGAAAAUCAAAGAUGGUGAAAUUCAGCGUUUGCAGUCAACAGUCAAUGUCCUGCGGGACGGGGCAGCUGACAAAGUGAAGACAGCACUGCUAAGUGAAGCAAAAGAGGAGGCACGGAAGGCGUUUGACAGCGAACGAAUGAAGUUGCAACAGGAGAUCUUGGAGCUGAAAUCUGGUAAAAAGCAGCUUGAAGAAGCUUUGAACAACAUUAUGCAGGCAGAUAAAAUGAAAGCUGCUGAUCUGCGCAUGGCUUAUCAGUCCCAUCAGGAUGAGAUCAAUAGAAUAAAGCGUGAAUGUGAGAGAGAUAUCCGCAGGCUGAUGGAUGAAAUAAAAGGCAAAGACAGAGUGAUUCUGGCGCUGGAGAAAGACCUUGGCAUCCAGGCAGGCCAUACACAGAAACUCCUCCUUCAGAAAGAAGCUUUGGAUGAACAGCUUGUCCAAGUGAAGGAGGCAGAACGAUACCACAGUAGCCCUAAGAGAGAGCUUCCUGCAGGAGUGGGGGAUAUCACUGAGCUGAUGGGAAGCCCGGAGCAGCAUUUGGAUGAACGAGAUGUGCGGAGAUUUCAGCUGAAAAUUGCUGAACUGAAUGCUGUAAUAAGGAAGCUGGAAGACAGAAAUACUCUCUUAGCGGAUGAAAGAAAUGAACUGCUGAAACGUUCUCGAGAGACAGAAAGUCAGCUGAAGCCUUUGGUUGAAAAAAAUAAGAGGAUGAGCAAAAAAAAUGAUGAUAUGAUGCAGUGCAUCCAGAGAAUGGAAGAAAAAAUAAAAAAUCUUUCCAGGGAAAAUAUAGAAUUGAAAGAAAAACUAUCUGCACAACCAGCGCUGAAGAGGCACACAUCUUUAAAUGAUCUUAGUAGUACACGGGAGGAACAAGAAAUUGAAUUUCUUAGACUGCAAGUCAAAGAAAAGCAGCAUGUUAUUGAUGAUCUCACAGUGGAAAGGGAACGGUUAUUACGGUCUAAAAAACAGAGGAGGAAAAGUCUGAAGCCUCCAAAGAGGCAUGUUGUGGAGACAUUUUUUGGAUUUGAUGAAGAAUCCAUAGAUUCAGAAACAUCAUCUGUAACUUCAUAUAACACGGAUAAAACAGACAGGACACCAGCAACACCAGAGGAAGAUUUGGAUGAUAGCACACCAAAGGAAGAAGCUGAACUAAGAUUCUGCCAGCUAACAAGAGAAUAUCAAGCAUUGCAAAGAGCAUAUGCAUUGCUUCAAGAACAAGUUGGUGGAACCCUGGAUGCAGAGAGAGAAGCAAGGACUCGUGAACAACUGCAAACUGAUCUUCUCAGGUGUCAGGCAAAAAUUGAGGACCUGGAGAAAGCUCUAAUCGAGAAAGGACAGGAUUCAAAAUGGGUAGAAGAAAAGCAGCUGCUAAUCAGAACAAAUCAGGAGUUGCUGGAGAAGAUUUACAGAAUGGAACAAGAAGAGCAUCAGCUGAAGAAUGAGAUGCAAGAUGCAAAAGACCAGAAUGAGCUGUUAGAAUUCAGAGUGCUAGAGCUUGAAGAGAGAGAACGAAGGUCACCAGCAUUUAAUCUUCAUAUUACCACCUUCCCUGAAAACAAUGGAAGUGCGCUUCAACUGUUCUGUCAACAUGAAGGAAUAAAGGAUGUGAAUAUAUCAGAACUUAUGAAGAAGCUAGAUAUUCUUGGAGAUAAUGGGAAUUUGAGAAAUGAAGAACAGGUUGCAAUAAUCCAAGCUGGGACUGUACUUUCUCUCUGUGAAAAGUGGUUAAAACAGAUAGAGGGGACAGAAGCUGCACUGACACAGAAGAUGUUAGACCUGGAGAACGAGAAGGACCUGUUCAGUAAACAGAAGGGUUAUUUAGAGGAAGAACUCGACUACAGGAAACAAGCCCUGGACCAGGCAUACAUGAAAAUCCAGGAGCUGGAAGCCACGCUGUAUAAUGCCCUGCAGCAGGAUCCAGGAAGGCGGGCGAGCGAGUCGCUGACUGAGGCACAGAGGGAGGAUUUGCGGGCGGCAGUGGAGAAGGUGCGGCGGCAGAUCCUGAGGCAGAGCCGCGAGUUUGACAGCCAGAUCUUGCACGAGCGAAUGGAGCUGCUGCAGCAGGCACAGCAGCGGAUUCGAGAACUAGAAGAUAAAAUAGAACUUCAAAAGAGGCAACUCAAAGAAAUUGAGGAAAAGUUUUUGUUCCUUUUUUUGUUUUUUUCACUAGCAUUCAUUCUGUGGCCUUGAUGACACAACUGAGCCAAGACGUGUGGCUAUUAAAAGAACCUAUGGAGUGAACAGCUGAGUCCACGUGCAAAAAUAUAGAAAAUAUUUAUUGAGCAGCUUUAAAUUGGUGCAUUUUUUUCAUAAAACUGUUUGCAUAAUACUUGAAGCUGCAAAAUAUUUGAAUUUAAAAUUAGAGAUUUUUUUAAAGAUAUAGCUUCAAGCUGGAAUGAUUUAAUAAUCAAAUAGGGACCAGCACAUCAUAAACACUGGAAAAAAAAAGUCUAAACAGAAUUUACACUCAUACACCAAUCAAAUACUGGAAAAAAAAUACAAGUGCAAUUACUGGCUGCUAUGUGAACUGUUAUCUACCAAAUGGUUUUCUUACAGUACUGAGAUCUUUGUCUCCAUUCUGCAUGCUUUCAGCAAAUGUUGUUUUCAUUUCACCCAGCAAACACAAAAUCUCCUUUUUAAUAUCUAUAUAAAAAGCUAAGUGUUUGACAAUGAGUUCUCUAUAGUAAAUAGCUGACAGAAUAAAAAACAAGACAAAAAACAAAACCAAAAACUAUUGUAAGUUGGAAACAAAUAGAGAUUUAGAGCCCCACAGUGACAAAAUUAAUAUUAAUUUCAAAAGUUGGAAAUCCACAGAUGGAGAAGAGAUGAGUUUUAAAGAAAAGGCAAAAUAGAAGAUUGAACUAAGAGAUCUUUGAAGUGGAUAAGAGCUGCAUGGGAGAAGUGAAUUUUUUGAAUGUUUCUUGAAAAUUAAGGCAAUAACUUGUAAAAGUAGCCCUGGGAGAACAGAAGAUUCUGAGAUGGACUGGGAAGUCAGGAAAACAGAACGAAUAAUAUUCUGUGCUCAGUUAUCUCAUCAAGAAGAAAAACGGGCUUGAAGAAACUGAUGUGUAGAUGAAUAUGAUAAGCACAGAAAUAGUUUGAAAGAAAUAUUUUGAAAAGAUGGUAUCCUCCUGAAAGAAAGUUGAUGUUUGCCAUCAGGAAGUAAAAUAGCACAACCUCAGCCAGUGAAGUUGAAUUUACACAGUCAAGGACAUUGACUACCUGAAAUGCAAGAAAAUUUUGGGGUGAAGCACAGACUGAAAAAAAUGGAAGUUAAAAAGAGUUGUUUAAGGUGGAGAAUGGUUAGAAAA